GAACGGCCGUCUCCUUGUCUGAGGAGGAGUUGUCGAAACGAAACGAAUCGGAGGCGAACCGAUCCCAAUCUCUCUCUUCUCCAUCUCCGUCAUGGCUGAGCCGCCGCCGCCGCCGCAUCAGCAGCCGCAGCCGUCUCCGGGGGCGGGCGGGCGCGAGGACAUGCUGGCGUGCGUGGCGGCGCUGGAGGUGGCGCUGCUGCCGUGCCUCCCCGCGCGCGAGCUCCAGGCCGUCGACCGCUCCCUCCAGUCCUCGCACCAGAUUGAUGUUGAGAGGCACGCCAGGGACUUCAUGGAGGCUGCCAAGAAGCUCCAGUCCUACUUGAUCAGCCUGCAGCGUGAGGACCAACCAACAGCAGAAGAUUUGCUUCGGAAGGAGAUUACUACAAUGGAGGAAGAACUGAAGAUCAAGUCUGAGCUUAUUGCCAAGAACAAGAAGCUGAUUGAAGGGUGGCAGAAAGAACUGAAGGAGCAGCUGGGGAAGCACGUAACUGAGCUCGAAAGAGUGUGAGUAGUGUGAUGCUGCAGUUUACCUUGCAAUGACCAUGAACUGUGUACAUUCAGUAGACCACCCAUUGUAACAUGUUUUUAGGGUGCUAACCGUCAGUUGGCUUUUGGUUCUCUGUUGUGGAAGACAGAAACAAAGCCCCCUUAUCGAUGUUUGAUGAUGCAUUUGCUUAUGGACUAUGCAGUUGUAUUAGGCAUGUUUUUUUGUCUUUGUGUGAAAGAUGCAUCAAUAAAACUGUGUUGAUUGUGUGCUAACACACACGAUGAA